CGCUCUUCUUCUUUCUGCUCAACUCGUCGACUUUUCGCGCGCACGCAGACCCGUUUCGAGCUUUCGAGCGACGACGCCUGCCCCCGUCUAUACAGUAGUAAUAUAUCUAUAUGUAGUUGAUAAUACCUGUUGGUCGUGAAAAAAGGAUUAGUUAAGUGCCAGGAAACUAUACGUUUGACUCUUGAAGCAUUUUUAAGCGUAUGUAAAGUGCUCGAGUGCUCGAAGAAUUACAGAGAUUAAUAAUUUUUAGUUUUUAAAAAAGAGACUGAACAAGGUGUAGAUAUCUGCGUGAAAGCUGAGAUCUUAACUCAAAAAGGCGGAUAACAAUGAGAAGAAGUUUCGUGUCAACGAAAAUACAUUGCUACGAUCAAGACGCAAGUGCCAUGGCUCAAGCCAAGUUGAAUUCAUUCGAAUCAGUCAAGGUUCAGACUAGACCGUCGAUGGAUUUUUCAGCAAGGGUGGCAUGAUCUAGCUCAGCGCUGUAGGCUGACCGCUAAAUUUCAGCGGGAUUGCACCGUUACCAUAACAGCAACAGCAUCAGCGACACAAAAGACGAAUCGUAUUUUACGCAUAAAUAUAGGUCAUAAUCUGGACGCGAGACGCAGGAAGGAAUGGGCCCUUGGGCCUUGAGCGUGCCCCUCGUCGUAGCUUCCACUGUUGGACUGCUGCUAAAUGCUUAUGUGCUGCUCAUUGUUCUUAGCCUUGGAAAGCAGACUCAGCAACAGCAGACGGGCAACACGUUGCUGCUCAUUCAUUUGGGAGCAGUCGAGGCGGCAGUCUGCCUGGUACUGUUAAUUUUCUCAACUGGCACGUGGCCGGCGGCCGGCCCUGGCUGCGUUCUGCACGGAUUUUUGCUCGCUUUGCUGCAUCCUGUGGCUCUCUGGACUGUCACUGGACUCAAUUGCGAGAGGUACUACGCCAUAUCAGCACCUCUGCACUACACGGCCCUGGUGUCGCCGCGGCGGGUAGCUCUCGGCCUGGCCAUAUCGUGGACCGGCGCUCUGCUGCUCUGCCUGCCGCCUUUCUCCGGUUUCGUGCCACCUUAUCGCUACGUGCCCGGACUGGGCUGCUGCGCCCCGGACUUUGGCCAACCCGGCUGGGGCAGCGCCGGAGCCCUCUACGGCCUCGUCUAUGCGCUUCUGGGCCUGCUGCUGCCUGCGCUCCUGGUCACGGUGUGCAAUCUGCGCGUCCUCGGCAUCGCGCGCUACCAUCGCCACCGCAUCGCCAGCGCCAUUUACGAGGUGACCCUCUCGGCCCAGGUGACAAUUACCCAUCAGCGCAAUCCGUUCUUCGUGCCGACGGUCACAGCCCCGGCUGCCGGUGGCCCGCCCAAGUUUCACAGCGCGGCGAGUACGGUGUUACAACUCGUCGGCUCGCUCUACCUGCUCUACGUGCCCUACUGCGGCGCGAUCCUCUGGGAGGUAUGCAGCGGCGAGGCCGCAGCCAGCGCCGGGGGUCUAGCCGGCCUUCUGUUCCAAGGCCAUCAUUCAUCGUCGUCCGCGUCGAAUUUCCAUCACUAUUAUCAGCAGCAGCAGCAGCAGCAGCAGCAGCAAGCGGUGCAGCACUUGGUGAGCGCCACGAUCGGCGGAAGCGGGGCUGGUCGCGCGGCCGGUGGCGGUCCGUCGCCGAGACUCACGUCUUGGGCCUCGCUUCUGCUCGCCUGUUCGCCACCCAUCAAUGGCUUUCUCUACGGGCUCAAGUCGCAGCUGCUGCGCCGAUCGGUACAAAAUUACUGGAGAAAAAAGGCUACGCAAUCGGAGCUCCAGCAGGAGAUCCAAGCGAGGACGCCGAGCGCCGCGGGCUCGCGUCGACCCUCGGCCAGCGGGCCGGCUGCGGCUGCGUCUACCUCGUUCUUCCCGUUCCCGCCGCUGCAGCGUCGACUGUCGGAAGCCCUCCUAGCACUGGGAAACUGUCGGGCCGCCGUCGGAGCUUUCGGCAGCGGUGGCGUCUUUCAACGAGGCAGACUGCAGACCGCCGCCUCCUGCAAUACUCUACGAGUGCCAAACGCCGAGCUCGUCGAAAGCGGCGUCCGUCCAGUGAGGUCGAGUGCAAGCGCCGCGAGCUUAAUGAUGGGUCCACACUACCGUAACGACUUUGGCUGCGGAGACGGCACAGGCACGAUCGUCGCACCAUCGCCGAAGCGCAGCCCGAGGAUCAUGAUAACCCGAGCCUACAGCGAGGAGAGCCAAGACGGCGGCGGUGGAGGAGGCAGUCCUCUGCUAAGGCGCAAUUUCGUCGCGCCCAUCUCACUGCCACCUUGCGAAAGACGCAAGUGGCGUCAACGAGGUAACGAUAACGACAACACCGGCGAGGUAAACAGCAGCAGUGGGGUUUGGACUACGGGUGUCCAGAGCACGAAACCGAGCGUACAACGCGGCUCGACGAACGGCUGCACCACGUCGCAGGCAUCGUCGAACGCCUGGCCGGGUGGGGCUCGACGUUUCGUGCGAGUGCGAACGCUCGAGGAAGGCGCGGCCAUAUUUUCCGUGCUUCCCACGCGAGAUUCUCUCGCUUGCCAUGCCGACGAGCGUACGAGAAACAACAGCGAGAGCAGUGAUACGACCACAGAUACGACUACCUCGAUUACCUUGGUUGCUAACCCUAACUUUAAUGCCGAAUUCGAACAAGAAUUCGCGGCUUGUUACGAGGACGCAAUCAAGAGCGAGCUCGACGAAGGUGGGAAGGAUGUGGACAAGGACUGCUCGACACCUGAAGCCGAGGAACAGCAAACUAGUCCUAAUUUAAGUAAUUGGAGCUACACCGACGACAUGGAAAAUUCCGGCCUAGACGAUAUGAGGGACUCGAAUGACGAAGGAUUGGUCAUGCAUCACAUUGAAAGUAUUCUAGAAAUAAGUCAGGAAGGGGAAGAAGAUGAAGAAGAAGAAAUUGUUGUAGCUAAUCACAAAACAGUAAGUGAACAAUCACGACGAAAAUCGCGAAUUGUUCGUGAGACUGAGGUCGCGUCCUCCACAGAUCAUAAAGAAGCUGCCAAUCAAUUACGGCCUCUGUUAACUUCGACUUCCUAGCCCAAUAGUGAUAAUGAAAGCGGUGAAAUGUUCGCAAGUAGCCAUCCUACUUGGAUUUAACUUGUACAAAAAAAAUACUAAAAAUCGAAAAAUAGCUAGCGAUUCUACAUCAUGUGCAUUGUAUAUAUAUCUAUUUGUGUUAAAUAUUGCAUGCUAUUCGUAAACAUCGAUUUUUAUCUUCAAAAGAAGUAAAGUAGACAAAAUAAACAAAAAAGUUUAUGAAUCUUGCCAAGGACGAAAGUAAAGAAAUUCCUAUUAUAUGUGCAUACUACUGGAAUCAUGAUCUAGUCCUAUUAAAUGUCUGAAGUAACGAAUCAGUGAAAACCAAGAAAUAUGAGGUGCUUCGAAAUCCUAAACCAAAUUACUCUGCACCCGAGCUCGACUUUCAGCAACCCAAAGCUUGCCAGAUACUAAUUUGUGCAAUAUAAAUACCACAGAUUAUAAACAUUCAUAAAGUUAAAUCUUUAUUAUAUGAAUUAUACUUUUGUCAACUGUGAUUAUCACAUACCACCACGUAAGACAAAAUAUUCACUUAUUUAAUUUGAAUUUGAUUCGAAUUUUUACUUUACAUGAUUAAUAAAAUAACAUUAUAUUUUAAGUUUGAACCAAUUGAAUGGUACACAAUUAUUACCAAAAUUUCACCCGAAAAUUUAAUCAUAAUAAUGAAUCAAUUCUUCACUUCAAUUUGUUUGAAUAUAUUUUAAAAUGUAAUAAUAGAUUAUAAAGACCUGUGUUGUAAUCUUACAAAAUUAUGAUUACUGUGUAAAAAAAUGAAUAUAAGAGAUAUUUUGCGUCAUUCAA